AUGAGUAUCAGCAGCUACAAACCGGUAUGUGAUCCUGGUUCACAGCACCCAAAACAAUUCAAUCAACUCCAUGGCAUCAUCGCAAGCUCUAACGCGCUGCCAAUAUCUUCUCCAGACCUCGAAGGUUUCAUCGAUGCUCGCCAGAAGCUCGAGUCGCAGCAGCAGGAAAACAAGGGUGUGCAGGCGGAAUUCGACAAACUGGAUGAGGAUUCGAGAAUCUACAAGAUUGUUGGGCCGGUCUUAUUGAAGCAAGACAAGAACGAAGCCGUCAUGGCUGUAAACGGACGACUCGACUUUAUUGAGAAGGAAAUCAAGAGAAUCGAGGGACAGAUCAAGGAGGCUCAAGAAAAGGCUGAGAAGAAACGGGCGGAGGUGAGAAACUCCUCCAAAAAGUUGUCAUAG